UUUGUCAAAUGCUGUGUUAAUAAUGUUUGCUAUUUUUUUAAAAAUUGGCCUGUUUUUGAAUCUCUCUUUGGUGCUAUGUAAACCAUCCAAAACACUUUCUGAUGCAAUUACUGCAACUUGUCAAGCUUGUCAUUCUAUAAAUUAUGAGAAAAUUAAUAUUCACUUGGUUCCACAUUCGCACGAUGACGUAGGGUGGCUUAAAACCGUCGAACAAUACUAUUACGGCUCCAAAAAAAAUAUUCAAUACGCUGGAGUGCAGUAUAUUAUCAGUUCGUCACUUCAAGCUUUAAAAGGCCAUCCUCACCGUCGUUACAUUCAAGUCGAGUCCGCUUUCUUCUGGAAAUGGUGGCAAAACCAAGAAGAAGCUCUAAGGCAAGAAGUGAUCGAAUUGGUCAACAAUGGCCAAUUGGAAAUAGUCAACGGAGCUUGGUCGAUGAACGACGAAGCAGCUUCGAAUUAUCAAUCAAUCAUCGAUCAGUUUACUUGGGGUUUUAGGUUUUUGAAUGACAAUUUAGGCAAAUGUGCCCGUCCAAAAGUGGGUUGGCAGAUCGACCCGUUUGGGCAUAGUAGAGAGCAUGCCUCAAUUUUAACCCAGUUGGGCUUCCAAGGUUUAGUUAUCGGACGAUUAGACUACAGGGAUAAAAAUAAAAGGAAAGAGGAGAAAAAUUUAGACUUUGUGUGGCAAAGCAGUGUUAAUUUGAAUAACUCUGAGAUUUUUACAACAAUGUUUCCCGAUUUUUACGUCAGUAUUAGAGGUUACUGUUUUGAUAUACUCUGCAAUGAUGAAUCAAUUAACGAUAAUGAAAAAAGCCUAGAAUUUAAUUUGAAAGAAAAAGUUGACGGGUUUGCCUCUAAAAUGGAUCAGUUUAAAGAAUACUACAAAACAAAAAAUAUUCUACUACCCAUGGGCGGUGAUUUUAAUUAUCAAGCAGCAGAAAUCAAUUUUUCAAAUAUAGAUAAACUUAUCAAAGGGUUUCAGGGCCACGAGAGGUACAACGUCUUUUAUUCAACUCCUUCUUGUUACAUAGCAGCUGUCAAUGAAGAAGUUAAAAGAAAAGGUAUUACAUUGCAAAAGAAAACUGAUGAUUUUUUUCCAUACGCAUCGGAAAAACACGCUUUUUGGACGGGAUAUUUCACAUCAAGACCUACUUCAAAGAGAUUUGAAAGAGUCGGAAAUAAUAUUCUUCAAGCAACCAAACAAUUAACCGCUUUCUCUAGAAUUAAAGGAAAGGAUAAGUCAGACUCAAUUGAUAAUUUACGUGAUGUUAUGGGCAUAAUGCAACAUCAUGAUGCUAUAACUGGUACUGAAAAAGAAGCGGUUGCUAAAGAUUACGCUAGAUUGCUUACUAGUGCUAUAAGAGACGCUGAAGCACCCGUCGGAAUGAUCAUUGGAGACCUUCUUAAGAAGAAUCCUGCUAGUGAAGUUGAUUUAAAAUUAUCGACUUGUUUGUUGGCAAAUGUGAGUAUUUGUGAAACUUCAAAAAAAGACAAGUUUGUAGUAACGGUUUAUAAUCCCUUAUCACGGGUUGUAAAUCACUAUGUACGAUUGCCCGUUGAUGGUACUAAUUAUAAAAUUACUGGACCUGACGGUGAAGAAGAAUAUGACAUUUUUGAAAGCAUUUCUUCUUUUGAAUAUAUCUCUGAAAAAACAAAGCCAAGUUCCAAAGAACUUGUUUUUGCAGCUAGAAAACUACCUCCACUAGGACUAAAAUUAUAUUAUGUUGAAAAAUUGGAAGGAGAAUUUACUCAAUUACGUGGUUUUGACGAUAUCAAAGACGACACGUAUGGGUCCGAGUAUGAUGCUUUUACAAUUGAUCACACCUCCGGAAUGCUUUCUUCUGUUACAAUACGAGGACUAACUUUGAAUAUUACUCAAGAAUUUUUUUAUUAUUCUGGUGCCGGUGUUCGUGGAUACAGAGCUUCUGGUGCUUAUAUUUUCCGACCAGAAGAAAUACAACCUAAACAUAUUAAAUCAAACAAAAUCGGUGUUAAAGCCGCUAAAGGAAAGCUUGUGGAUGAAGUUUUACAAACUUACAAUUCAGAAAUUACACAAAUUAUUCGUGUUUAUAAAGGCGGUGAAGGUUACAUUGAAUUUGACUGGUUAGUAGGUGACCUGCAAACAGGUGGAACUGGAAAAGAAGUUAUCACGCGUUUUGAGGUACAAAAUUUUACCAAUAGUGGAAUAUUUUUUACUGAUUCAAACGGAAGAGAACAAAUCAAGAGAGAAUUAAAUAAAAGAAGCGAUUAUGAAUAUGACUUCAACGAUGAACCAGUGUCUAGUAAUUAUUAUCCAGUUACAUCAAAAAUUGUCAUCAAAGACUUGGAGAAUGAUUUGGAGGUUGCAGUUUUGAAUGACAGAGCUCAGGGUGGUACUAGUUUGAAAGAUGGUGUUAUUGAAUUGAUGGUACAUCGAAAACUGGUUCACGACGAUGGGUUUGGCGUUGGUGAAGCGUUAAGAGAAGUUGAAUAUGGUCGCGGAUUGUAUGCAAGAGGGCAACAUUAUCUGGUCUUUGGUUCUGCAGAAAACAAUGUUGAAAGUGGUAAAUCAACGGCUGCUUAUGAACGUGAUUUGGCACACCAGAAAUUGCUCGCACCUUGGGUUCUAGUUGCUAAUGCCUCAAGUGAAGAAAUGAAUUCGUUGGAAAAAACACAAGAAUUAGUCAAUUUUAAGUUUGAAGGCCUUACUAAGUUACUUCCCGAAAAUGUUAAAAUAUUGACUUUGGAGCCAUGGCAAGACAAUACAUAUAUUUUAAGGUUGGAGCACACUUUGGAAAAAGAUGAAGAUGCUGUUUUGUCACAAAGAGUUGUUGUUGAUAUAGAAAAUCUUUUCUGGGCGUUUUCUAUUUCUGAAAUUGGCGAGACAACGCUAGGGGCUAAUCAGUGGUUGGAUGACUACGAAAAAGAAGAGAAAUUAAUAUGGAAUGACAAUUUACCAACCCCUUGGACGAAAUUAAAUCCAAGUGAUCCUCUGAAAAUCGAACUAAAUCCCAUGCAAAUAAGAACUUUUAUUAUAAAAGUCGAUACAAAAUAAUAUUUUACUAAUUUUAUUGAUAACUUUAUGUGUAAUAAAUUUAGUGUAC